AUGUCACUGGCCUUCCCCAGCGAUCUCUGGGGCGCUUGCGCGGCAGCGUGUGCGACCAGAGGUGGCUUUGUGCUUCAAGGAGCUCCUGAGCACGACUUGAACCGCUACUUUGCGGUCCGGCAUCUGGGCGCCACCUGGUGCUUCCAGAGCCUAUCGAGGAUCGGCGAGUCCAAGAGCGUAGAGAUCCUGACAACUGACAGCCAGGAGAGCGACAACUCCUAUGACUUCUGUCUCCGGGCCCAUCACACGGCGCUUGGUCGGUGCCAGGAGAGGAAGGAGCUGUUGGAUCCCCGGAGCUUCACUUUCGGUGGCCGCUGGGUGGAGGCAGAGCUUCCGGAUUCCGUCACUGUCACCACGCUCGGUUGGACGCUCCUCCUCGUCUUCGCAGCUCUGCUCGAAUCCGACGAAGGCGACCUCGGGCUUGUGCACGAGUGGGAUGAGAAGAAUGAGGUCGUUCGGUUUCCGAAUGCGUUGGGCCGCUUCCGAGACUCCGGGCUGGACUACCACGGUGCGGUUUUGUACGUCCACGCUGGUGAAGCCAUGGAUAUCUGGCCUCCACUCUUUCUCCGCCAUUACAGCAAAACCAAGGAGUGGUGCGUGGAGAUGGGCUGGUGUUACAGUGAGGGCUGCUUUGAAUCCGCCGGCCCUGUCGGGCCCUGCAAGUCGGUGCAGGAUGGUUGUCGGCAAGGAGUGGAGGUAAUGUGCCUACGCGAAGACCGGUGGCAAAUCAAAGACUGGAUUCAGACGUACCCCGAUCUUGCCCAUGGGGUUGAGAAGUAUCAUACCGGCGACUUUCCCGCUGCCCUUUCAGUACUGCCGGGAGUUCAUCAGACCCAGGCAGGCCUGGCCAGGCUUUAUCUGCUCCUGGGCGACUUCCGAGGUUGGGAUACUCCGCGAAUGCGUGCCAUCGAGCUUCCUGCUACGGAGACUCCAACCAAGGGUCAGCGGGACACAAGGCUUCGGAAUCGGCAUGUGGUCGUGGUCCGCGUGCCGAAAGCCAGCUCCUCGAGUUUGGCCUCACUCUUCGUGCGGAUUGGCCGUACCUUGGGCCAUCUCGUCCCAACUGGUGCUGGCGAGAAGGCUCUUCGGCGCCGCCUGUCGAAGAGACGAGUGAUGCUGGCCAGCAGGCAUGUACUUCCGCGUGUAGCCUGGGAUGUUUGGAGAGCUACGCUGCCAGAGUUCCUGGCCGUUGCGAGUGUCCGCCACCCUUUCAAGCGCUGCCUGUCCUCCUUUUACUAUGAAAGUUACACCGAAGCCAGCCCACCAAGCACAGACGACAAGCUGGCAUGGCUGCAGUCUUCGUGCGACAGCAACAGAUUCACGGAAUUCACGACGUGCUGCAGCAAUUUCCAGUACGAGUUCUUGUCCUUGUGGUCCAACCAAACUAUUUCGGAUCUCAUCUCGAGGUACCAUUUCCUGUUCGUGACCGAGAGGAUGGAGGAUUCUCUUCUGGCUUUCCGCGCGCAGUGGAAUCUCACCUUCAACACCAUGCUUCAUGUGCGAGUGAAGUCGUCCUCGAAGCGGCAGGUCUGCAACUUCCUGGACAAGUGGGACGGCUACGCCCCGAAGCGCGCAGAGCAAAGGCAGGAGCCCCCAGAGGUAAUGGAGUUUGGGCAGUCGGCAGCAUUCGAGAAGAGCAACUGGGCGGACUUCGCAAUAUGGCGCGCUGCGAAUGCCCGUCUCGACACGGCGCUAGCCGCAAUGGAUCCCUUGGUCCUGGCUAGGGACCGAGAGAGUCUGAGAGCGGUGCUAUCUAUGGCCAAGAUGUGCGAAGACGUAAGCACUUUGCGCUGCACAGACUGCCUCCAUGAGGACACGGCGGCUCUGGGCGAGGGGCUUGCCGAGGACGGCUGCCAGUGGCAGUUUCUUGGAAGCACCGAGCUCACGGCCUUCUUCGCUUUAGCGGCAAGGCCGAACGAAGAGGGUCGCCGGCCUGGCUGGAUUGCUGCUGCACCAUUGCCCGACAGCCACUUGGAUGCCUUCGCUCGUCUUUCUGUGGCCGAGCUACGAGCAAACGAGCCAGAACCCGCCGAAGAGUUUGACGUCCUCGGCCUGUCGCAGGAUUGUGACGACGAGGAAAUCAAGCCAGCAUUCAGAAGGCUGGCACGUCAGCUGCACCCUGAUGUGGAGACGGGCAGUGAGGCCCGUUUCAAGCGACUCGUCUGGGCUUCACGAGAGCUCGCCAGCGCGGCGGGGCGGAAGAAGUGGCGAGCGCGAGGCAGCGGCGAAGCUAUGUCGCUGGAAGAGUACGAGCUCGAGAACGAGGAUUUCGCGUUCGACUUGAACGACUGGCCGUUUGAAGAGCUCGACGAUUUGCUCCGAGUAUCUGAGGAGGCCGUUGACACUGAGACCAUGACGGAUGUCCGCAGCUCCUGGUGUGAUGACGGCUUUGCGAUAGAGGACCUCCGCUGA